GGGAGACGGGAACGGGACAGUUGCUUUCUUCAUUGAGUAAUCUAAAUAAUUAAUACGAAGUGGUGUUUUGUGGUUAAUGAUCGCAUUAAGUUAGUCAGAAGACAUUCGCGAGUGUUAUUAUAUUGGAGUAUUCAAUGAACAAAGUGUAUCUGCCUAUUUUCGCUUCGUGCCGGGAAGCCGCUUCAUAACUCAAAAGUUUAUGCGGACUUUUGAGUUAAUUCGUUUGGGGUUCGGAGUAGGAGUCUACUCCAAGGGUGGGGGCUUAGGUUUCAUCAUCAUCAUUCAUCACCUUUCAUCAUUUCAUUAAUCAUCAAGAAAAAAAAAUACGUAAGACAUGGCUGUAUGGGCAUAGUUCCCUUUGCCUUACCCUUCGGGGAAAAUCAAAACAAAAAAAAAAAAAAAAAAAAGCAGUCAGCCCAGCCACUGUGCUGUCAAAUUCAGAAAACUGUUUUUGUUGCAUUUAAAAGUGAUUAAAAUUCAUUUAAAAUGGUCGAUGAACUGCGAAAAUACUUGAAUCACCUAUUAGAAAAGGUAAAUGGGCUGCACUGUAUUCUUAUUACCGACCGAGAUGGUGUCCCCCUGGUGAAGGCGGUGACUGAGAGGGUUCCACAUUUGGCCCUUAGACCCAACUUUAUAUCCACAUUUGGUAUGGCGACAGACCAGGCGAGCAAACUCGGGUUAGGGAGGAAUAAAACUAUCAUAUCAAUGUAUUCCAGUUACCAGGUGAUCCAAAUGAAUAAGCUGCCGUUGGUUAUAACAUUUAUUGGCAGCGACAACUGUAACACCGGUCACAUCCUGUCUCUGGAGUCCCAGAUAGAACCGUUCCUCAAGGAUCUAGCAGCCGUUGUGCAGGAUGCACCUUGAGUUUAAUUCUUGUUUUUAUUUCCAUUUAUGGUUUUCACAAAAAACUAUAGUUGAUUUUUGUGGUUAAUUUAAAAGAUUGUUGGUAUAAAAGGUAAAAAUAUCUGCCCUCUCCCUAUUCUAGUAAAUUUCCGUUACUUUUAAGGCUGUGGCACAUCAAAAGCAUGUCAGAAGCAGUAAUACAGUUCUUCUGAUCUCUUGGUGUGCCAAAGCACAGAAUUAAUACAGCCUUUUUUGUAGGUAAAAGGAGUUUACCUUUCUCAUAAUUGUAGGCUUUUCAACUGUAUACAUGUGUGGAACACACUUCCUUGCACUACUACAACUUUCUCUACUUAUACAAAAACAAGAACUUGUACAAUAUGAGCUGAUUCAUAUCUUUCCACAAAAAUAUGCUCUAUGGUUUUUUGUGUGCUUGUUGAAAAUUAUUCUACACUAAUGUUACUAGGCGAAAAACAACAGUGAAACUGUUUUAAGUAGGUACUACUUUGCAAUGCAAUAAAUAAUUAAAAAAUAUACAUUUUCAGUUAAAAUAAUUUUCAAUAAGUUUUUUUAUACAUCGGUUUGUUAUUAAUACUCAAGCAUUAGUAUUAAUAACAAAUUGUGAUAUAAUUUUGUACAUAACAGACUAAUUGGCUAUUUGACAGUUGUAGCUAAAAUUAUGAAAUAUGUCAGAUAUGGUAGAUUAUCAUUUAAUGAUAAUUAUCCAAUAGUUCUUUUUUAUUAUAUAAAGCUUUUUCAUUUUAAG